ACACCAAUCAAUGUGAAGAGUGGGACAUCACAGUUGGGCCUUGUGUUCAACAUAGCUCAGUAUUUGAGUGUGUUUCCCGCGCAUGCAAGUAGCUUUGAUUUCUUCUUCCUCCAUAGUUCCCUAGAACGAACGCCCUCCCCUUUGCAGCAGAGGCCAGGCAAAAGCGCGCGCUUUCUGUGCCACUGGCUUCAAUCAGGUCCACCAAACGCAGAUAAUAAGAGCACCGAGCACCGAAAAUUACGUCAUUAAUUCACUUGAACUCAGCUAGUGAACACACGAUGUCUGGAAGAGGUAAAGGCGGCAAGGGACUCGGAAAAGGAGGCGCCAAGCGUCACCGUAAGGUUCUCCGCGAUAACAUCCAGGGAAUCACCAAGCCCGCCAUUCGCCGUCUGGCUCGCCGUGGCGGCGUGAAGCGUAUCUCCGGGCUGAUCUACGAGGAGACCCGCGGUGUCCUGAAGGUGUUCCUUGAGAACGUGAUCCGUGACGCCGUCACCUACACCGAGCACGCCAAGAGGAAGACCGUUACGGCCAUGGACGUGGUCUACGCUCUGAAACGCCAGGGACGCACCCUUCCUGAAGCAGUGCAUGUAAGGAAGCUAGCUAGCGCCAUGGCCAGAACCAAGCAAACCGCUCGCAAAUCCACCGGUGGCAAAGCACCCAGGAAGCAGCUCGCCACCAAGGCUGCGCGCAAGAGCGCCCCGGCCACCGGCGGCGUGAAGAAGCCUCACCGUUACAGGCCCGGCACCGUGGCUCUUAGAGAGAUCCGUCGUUACCAGAAGUCCACUGAGCUGCUGAUCCGCAAACUGCCUUUCCAGCGCCUGGUGCGAGAAAUUGCCCAGGACUUUAAGACCGACCUGCGCUUCCAGAGUUCCGCAGUGAUGGCCCUGCAGGAGGCAAGCGAGGCUUACCUGGUCGGCCUGUUCGAGGACACCAACCUGUCUAGUGAACACACGAUGUCUGGAAGAGGUAAAGGCGGCAAGGGACUCGGAAAAGGAGGCGCCAAGCGUCACCGUAAGGUUCUCCGCGAUAACAUCCAGGGAAUCACCAAGCCCGCCAUUCGCCGUCUGGCUCGCCGUGGCGGCGUGAAGCGUAUCUCCGGGCUGAUCUACGAGGAGACCCGCGGUGUCCUGAAGGUGUUCCUUGAGAACGUGAUCCGUGACGCCGUCACCUACACCGAGCACGCCAAGAGGAAGACCGUUACGGCCAUGGACGUGGUCUACGCUCUGAAACGCCAGGGACGCACCCUGUACGGUUUCGGCGGUUAAACGCACUCUUCUCGGAACGUCAACAUCCCGACUUGAACCCAAAGGCUCUUUUAAGAGCCAC